AUGUCAGACUCUGGGAACUCUCUCAAUUCGCAUCUUUCACAGAAAACAUUGUUCUUUGGCCUCAGGGUGUGGGUUGUGAUCGGAGUGGUCGUGGGGGUAUUCAUCGUGGGCAUUCUUUCAGUUCUAGCUAUAUGCGUCAACAUUAGGAGUAGGAGGAAGUCCAAGAAAGCUGCAGACAACAUCCCCGUUUCCCAGAUUCCUGCAGUGUCCAAGGAAAUCAAAGAAGUCAGAGUCGAUCAUGUGUUUGCUGACAGUGAUUUUCCUAUUCGAGAUGGGAUCAAUUCUAUUCACGGCAAGGCCGGCGAGAAGGAUUUGGAGAAUGUGAUGGGUUUUGGCAGAGCUAGGCAUCUGGAGGGGAGCAAUCUCUCUGAUUCUUUCAGCCGGAAGAACAAUGACUGCAACUCCCAGUCUGGAGAUGAAGGAAGCUCUGGCACAGCCAGUGUUUACAAGUUGUCGUCUUCCCACCCCGUGGCCGCUCCUUCGCCUUUGACUGGCCUUCCGGAGCUCUCUUAUCUUGGUUGGGGACACUGGUUUACACUGAGGGAUUUGGAGAUGGCAACGGGCCGGUUCUCAAAGGAUAAUGUCCUGGGAGAGGGUGGGUAUGGGGUUGUGUAUCGUGGAUGCUUGGUCAACGGGAUGCAGGUUGCCGUCAAGAAGCUUCUCAACAACCUGUAAUCUCCCAUGGCCUCACCUGGCCGUCCGUUCUCUGCUUUCAUUCAGUCUCUGGUUCCUAGAGCCUGCGAAUUUAUUUUACAUUUUAAUGCAGUGGCCAAGCUGAGAAGGAAUUCAGGGUAGAAGUGGAGGCUAUUGGUCAUGUCCGGCACAAGAAUCUGGUGCGACUCUUGGGGUACUGCGUGGAAGGUACCCAGAGGUAGUGGCAGAUUGACUCUUUACUACACUCUCUGCUCAAAGUAAUCUUUUAGUUGUUAUUUAAUUAUUGGAGUAUGUCUAUGCUAAAUUAGUUUUAAGCAUUUGAGAUUCUGGGUCAUGAAUUAAAUUGCGAAUUGUGCUGGUUUUUUAAUUUUUUUUCUCAGAUAUAAUGGGUCAUGCCGGUAUUUUUUAUUGAUUUCCGUUGUCCAUAUCACUUGAUCUACUUACUUAGGAUGCUGGUUUAUGAGUUUGUCAACAAUGGAAACUUGGAGCAAUGGCUCCACGGGGCGAUGCGGCAGCACGGCUCUCUGACUUGGGAAGCGAGGAUCAAGAUUCUUCUGGGCACCGCCAAGGCGUAAGUCAACUACUGAGUCCCAUCUUUUGGAAUUGCUAAAAAUGUCUGUCGGUCGAGGAUUCAUUUGGAAUUGUUUGGGUGUCUUGGUUCAGUCUUUCGUAUCUGCAUGAAGCUAUUGAGCCCAAGGUUGUGCACCGAGACAUCAAAUCCAGCAAUAUACUGAUAGAUGAUGAAUUCAACGCAAAGGUAUCUGAUUUUGGCCUCGCCAAGCUGCUGGGUGCCGGAAAAAGCCAUAUCACAACCCGAGUGAUGGGAACAUUUGGGUUGGUGCUCCUCACAUAUUCUUCCCUUUUCACCUUAUAAUUCCAUAGUUACAUCUGGCAUGAUUUCCCUUUCUUCUACUUGUAUUCAGGUAUGUGGCGCCCGAAUAUGCGAACACUGGUCUACUCAAUGAAAAGAGCGACGUCUACAGCUUUGGGGUUGUUCUGUUGGAAGCUAUUACGGGGAGGGACCCUGUUGACUACAGUCGCCCUGCAAAUGAGGUGUGGAACCUCAUCAUUUCCUAUUUUAAAUGGAGUUUUCUGCUGAAACUUUUGAAACGUUUGGAAGUUGAUGAGACUGAGUUCCGCAGUGCAUCAUUGCUGCACAGAUUCUACCCAUCUUUAAUGUUUUUUUACCGAGAUUGAUAGAUGUAUAGAUUUCAUAAAUUCAUCUGGUUGAAUCAUUUAUAGCAAGAUAAAUCAUCAUCUUAAAAAAAAAAUGAUAAAUAUUUUUUUAUUUCUUCUUUUUUGAAGGCUGUUCAUUUUAAACGGAUGAUUCGGAAUCUUUUUUUUUUUUACAUCUUGUUCAUGCAUGCACCUGGAGUAGGUUUAAUUUCUUCCAUAUCAAAGGCUCCUCUCAAUGAUCAACCUUCUUCUUUCUUGUUCUUCCAUCUAAAUGGAGUAAUCCAAAGGGUGUGCUUCACCUGUCUGAGGCUUUGCUAAUAUCCAUUUGGGUUUUUAUAGGCUCGAAUGUCUCUUUCCUUGAAAUUUAUGGGUUCGGCUGUAUUCAUCCUCAUUCUUCAUUUUUCUACGAUCAAACCAUUUUUCUCUAGGAUUUCUCUAUCAACAACAUCAAUAUUCUCUCUGAUAAAAAUAAGUAAAUGACUAAAUUUGAGCCAUAAAUAAAUUGUGGAGCUUUUAAUUUUACAUCCCAUUCUCCCAUGCAAAGUUUCUCUACAUAUUAUUAAGUCUAUUAUUGGAAUUAUUAUAUUUUCUCUCUCUACUUCCAGGUGAAUCUUGUAGAAUGGCUCAAAAUGAUGGUAGGGAGUAGGCGUUCAGAAGAAGUCAUAGACCAGAGCAUUGAGAGACCUCCGUCCUCUAGAGCUCUCAAACGGGCACUCCUGACCGCUUUGAAGUGCGUUGACCCGGAUUCGGAGAAGAGACCGAAAAUGGGCCAAGUUGCCAGGAUGCUGGAAUCUGACGACCCGAUUCCUCGUGAGGUUUGGAUUCUAAUUUUGGUUUCUCCUUGCUUAUUUUGAAUGUUCUUGUCAAGCUGCCUAUCAAGACUAUAUAAAAAAUGGAGUGAUUUAGGAUCUUUAAUUAUUUUUGGCCUAAAUUCACAUAAAUUCCAUCGUCCUGCGGAAAUCAUCAUUCAUUCAGAUGUAUCAUGUAAUAUUUCCUAAAAAUCACACUUUGAAAUCACCAUUUGUUCAUCAAUCUCAUCCCAUUAAUUUUCUGAGUCUUUUCCUCGAGUUGCAUGAUAUGGACUGGUCUAGGAUCUUUAAUUAUUUUUGGUCCAAAUUUAGAUAAAUUCCAUCUUUAAUUAUUUUUGUUCCAAAGUUGUAUCAUGUAAUAUAUCCUAAAAACUACGCUUUGACAUCACCAUUUUUUCCUCAAUCUCAUCCCCUUAUUUAUCCGAAUCUUUUCCUCAAGUUGCAUGAUAUAAACGCUACUCUCAUACACAGAUCAUCAUUUCAUUUAAUUGCUUACCAUUUAAUAUUUCCAAAGAAAGUAAACUUCGGCACUCGUCAUUUAAUGAUGUUAACAGUUCCUGCUCUACUUGAGACUGAUUUUGAUGUGGGUUCAAUGCCAUCUUUAAUGAUCUUCAGGAUCGCCGGCACCGGCGUCGUCGGGCCAGCAACACUGAGAUCGAGCUCCAGGCCGGGAACUCUGACACUGACAAGAGCGACAAUCCAGAUGCAAGGGAUCCCAGGGCCACGGCUAGUUGA